AUAAACAUAAUCGGCACUCAAAUCGAACCGAACCACUAAACAACACUAGCAGGAAAAUUGUGGAUGGUGAGGCUUCGGAGUGGGGGGGAUUCGGGCCCGGGCUCGGAUGAAGCAGGUUCAAGUGGAAUCCGGCGAUUCCCGCUCGCAGCUCAGCCGGAGAUUAUGAGAGCCGCUGAGAAAGACGAUCAAUACGCUUCUUUCAUCCACGAAGCCUGCCGCGACGCCUUCCGACACCUUUUCGGUACCAGAAUUGCUCUUGCUUACCAAAAAGAGAUGAAACUUGUUGGGCAAAUGCUUUACUUUGUUCUAACUACUGGUUCAGGCCAACAAACUUUAGGAGAGGAGUAUUGUGACAUUAUUCAGGUUGCAGGACCUUAUGGGCUGUCUCCUACACCAGCUCGACGUGCUUUGUUCAUACUCUAUCAGACUGCUGUUCCAUAUAUCGCCGAGAGGAUUAGCUCAAGAGCUGCCACACAAGCGUUUACCUUUGAUGAGGAAGAGGAGGAUGAUAGUCGUAUCCAGUCACCAAGAAUGAUUCAUCUUCCCUCUUCAGCUUCUGUAUUAUCUAGGUUUAAAGAUAGACUUCAGAGUUUGUGGCACCGAGCUAUUCGAAGAUGGCCUGUGGUUCUCCCUGUUGCCCGUGAACUCUUACAAGUGCUUCUCCGUGCCAAUUUGAUGCUCUUCUACUUUGAAGGUCUAUAUUAUCAUAUAUCCAAACGUGCCUCUGGGGUUCGUUAUGUAUUCAUAGGAAAGCAAUUGAAUCAGAGACCUAGAUACCAAAUUCUCGGGGUUUUCCUUCUAAUCCAAUUGUGCAUCCUUACUGCUGAAGGCUUGCGUCGGAGUAAUUUGUCAUCUAUCACAAACUCAGUUCAGCAGGCCUCUGUAGGAUCUUAUCAAACCUCAGGAGGGAGAGGGUUGCCUGUUUUAAACGAAGAGGGAAAUUUGAUUACUCCAGAAGCUGAAAAGGGAAACUGGUCUCCCUCCGAUGCAACUUCAACUACGGAGGCGGUAGGAAAAUGCACUCUCUGCUUAAGCAGCCGUCAGCACCCGACGGCCACUCCUUGUGGUCAUGUGUUUUGUUGGAGCUGCAUUAUGGAAUGGUGCAAUGAGAAGCAAGAAUGCCCACUUUGUCGAACACCCAACACCCACUCAAGUUUAGUUUGUUUGUACAACUCUGAUUUUUGAGCUCAAAUGGAUUUACAAGGACACGACAGUACAAAAAGGGCAUGGAAAGCAAAGGAAGGUGAUAGGCCCAAAUAGUCAACACAAGCCUCUUUAGUGACAAACUUGGGACAGCAACAUUCUACAAUUCUACAAGAAUGGAAUCUGUUUCAUUUUGAAGUAAGAUCAUCUAGUAAUGAGAAGACAAAUAAUAAAUGUUCUGUAUCCAUGUCUGCUUUUUUUACUUAUUUGAUAGAUAUCUAGUUCAGGAACCACAGAGGAAGUUUUACAUUUCAUUGAAAGAAAAAGUUUAAACAUUUA